GCAAAGCGGUCACACUGGCGAGUGCAGCUAAGUAAGUCGGUUGUCCGUUUCUUGCUGAAUUUUAAAUAAGUUAAAUAAAUUUCUGCUUCGUGCGGUGGUGUGCGUACGCAAAUAUAAAAUAAAGUAAAUAGUAAUUGCGGUGCUUGCGAAAACCAAACGAGCUCCAAUUGACCGACGAAAAUACUUAAGUGCAUUAAAGAAUUGCGUUGUUGUGCGUCGCGCCCGUUUGUCCUUAUUGUUGUCGUUAGUGGAGUGCACGAAAAGUAAUUGUUUUUAUUUAAAGAGGUUGCAUUUUAAUUGCUAAAUCAGCUCAGUUGCGAGUAGAGUGCCAAAAUAGAGAGUAGCGACAACGAAAACAAGUUUUUGUGGAUGGUGAGAAAGUAAAAACAAUAGCAAAUUUAUAUAUAUAGCUAUAUAUAUAUGUGGUAAGGUGCUGUAAGCAUUUAAAAAUACAAAUCCUCUCGAGGUUUUAAUGGCCAAAGUUUCGUAAACGUGUAAAUUGAGUGGAAUUCGAUUGCGAGUGCAUUCUUGGUUUGUUUUGAGUGAGAACCGAAAACCAGUUUACACCGUGCUUCUUGCCAAGUUGAAUCCGGUUUAAUCUCGGCUUGAGUCAUCCUUUAGUUUAUACUGACUGUGUUUAUCAGUUCAAUGUGAUCCGCCAGUGAAGCUGCAUCAGAACGAGUAACUCAUUCCAGGACCUGGAAUCCACUGCCACCAUGUUGCCGGUAAUCCUCAUAGCCUGCCUGGCCCAGCUGGUACUGGCUCAGGCGGAUCUUAAAGAUCUGGAUGGACCCAAUAUCUGCAAAAGAAGAGAACUAUAUAACGUAGACGUUGUCUACACAGAACUGCAAUCGUUCCAGGAACGGGGCUCCACCUGGUGCGUCACAUUCCCGCCGAGGUGCUCCACCUAUCGCAUUAAACACCGAGUGGUCAACAAAACCAAGACGAUUGCAAAGAACCGUAUUGUGAGGGACUGUUGUGAUGGCUACAUCGCGAGCGCAGGAGAAUGCGUGCCGCAUUGUUCGGAACCCUGCCAGCACGGUAGAUGCAUCUCCCCGGAGAAGUGCAAGUGUGAUCAUGGUUACGGAGGACCCGCCUGCGAUAUAAAUUGCCCACCCGGCUGGUAUGGCCGGAACUGCUCGAUGCAGUGCGACUGCCUGAACAACGCGGUAUGUGAGCCCUUUUCAGGCGACUGCGAGUGCGCCAAGGGCUACACCGGAGCACGCUGCGCGGACAUCUGUCCGGAGGGCUUUUUCGGGGCCAACUGCUCGGAGAAGUGCCGAUGCGAGAACGGCGGCAAGUGUCACCACGUGUCCGGCGAAUGCCAGUGUGCUCCCGGUUUCACGGGUCCCCUAUGUGAUAUGCGCUGUCCGGAUGGAAAGCAUGGCGCCCAGUGCCAGCAGGACUGUCCCUGCCAGAACGACGGAAAGUGUCAGCCAGAGACCGGGGCCUGCAUGUGCAAUCCAGGCUGGACGGGCGACGUGUGUGCAAACAAGUGUCCGGUGGGCAGCUACGGCCCUGGAUGCCAAGAGAGCUGCGAGUGCUACAAGGGAGCGCCCUGCCACCACAUCACCGGCCAGUGCGAGUGUCCGCCCGGAUAUCGCGGAGAACGCUGCUUCGACGAGUGUCAGCUGAACACGUACGGAUUCAACUGCAGCAUGACCUGCGACUGCGCGAACGAUGCCAUGUGCGAUCGGGCGAACGGAACGUGCAUCUGCAAUCCCGGCUGGACGGGUGCCAAGUGCGCCGAGCGGAUCUGCGAGGCGAACAAGUACGGGCUGGACUGUAACCGCACCUGCGAGUGCGACAUGGAGCACACGGAUCUGUGUCACCCGGAGACGGGGAAUUGCCAGUGCAGCAUCGGAUGGAGCAGUGCUCAGUGCACCAGACCCUGCACCUUCCUGCGCUACGGCCCGAAUUGCGAGCUGACCUGCAACUGCAAGAACGGAGCCAAGUGCUCGCCGGUCAAUGGUACGUGCCUAUGUGCGCCGGGCUGGCGCGGACCCACCUGCGAGGAGAGUUGCGAGCCGGGCACCUUUGGUCAGGACUGCGCCCUGCGCUGCGACUGCCAGAACGGAGCCAAGUGCGAGCCGGAGACGGGCCAGUGCUUGUGCACGGCCGGAUGGAAAAACAUCAAGUGCGACCGGCCGUGUGAUCUGAACCACUUCGGACAGGACUGCGCCAAGGUGUGCGACUGCCACAAUAACGCCGCCUGCAAUCCGCAGAACGGAAGCUGCACCUGUGCCGCCGGCUGGACGGGCGAGCGGUGCGAAAGGAAGUGCGAUACCGGCAAAUUCGGACACGACUGCGCCCAGAAGUGCCAGUGCGACUUCAACAACAGCCUGGCCUGCGAUGCCACCAAUGGAAGAUGCGUGUGCAAGCAGGAUUGGGGAGGCGUUCAUUGCGAGACCAACUGUCGGAGCGGUUACUAUGGUGAAAAUUGUGAUAAAGUUUGCAGAUGCCUGAAUAACUCCUCCUGCGACCCCGAUUCCGGUAACUGCAUCUGCUCAGCCGGUUGGACUGGCGCCGACUGUGCGGAACCCUGCCCACCUGGAUUCUACGGCAUGGAAUGCAAGGAACGGUGCCCGGAGAUCCUCCAUGGCAACAAGAGCUGCGAUCACAUCACAGGUGAAAUUCUCUGCCGCACGGGUUACAUAGGUCUCACCUGCGAGCACCCAUGUCCUGCUGGACUCUACGGACCCGGCUGCAAGCUCAAGUGCAAUUGCGAGCACGGCGGCGAGUGCAACCACGUUACAGGCCAGUGCCAGUGCCUGCCAGGGUGGACAGGUUCCAACUGCAACGAGUCCUGUCCCACAGACACCUACGGACAAGGAUGCGCCCAGCGGUGCCGCUGCGUGCACCACAAGGUUUGCCGCAAGGCCGACGGUAUGUGCAUCUGCGAAACCGGCUGGUCGGGCACCCGGUGCGAUGAGGUCUGUCCGGAGGGAUUCUACGGCGAGCACUGCAUGAAUACCUGUGCCUGUCCGUCGGCCAAUUUCCAGUGCCAUGCGGCCCACGGUUGUGUGUGCAGGAGUGGCUACACCGGCGAUAACUGCGACGAGCUAAUCGCCUCUCAACGUAUUGCAGACCAAAGCGAAAAUUCGAGCCGGGCGAGUGUAGCUCUGACCUUAGUCCUGAUGACCCUGUUUGCGUGCAUAAUCUUCGCAGUGUUCAUUUACUACCGCCGACGUGUGUCCAAUCUAAAAACCGAAAUCGCCCAUGUACACUACACCCAUGAUACGAAUCCCCCGAGCUGGCCGCCCAACCACAACUUCGACAAUCCCGUGUACGGCAUGCAGGCGGAAACGCGUCUCCUGCCCAACAAUAUGCGUUCCAAGAUGAACAACUUUGACCAGAGGAGCACGAUGAGCACGGACUACGGCGAUGACUGCAAUGCCAGUGGCAGGGUGGGUAGCUAUUCGAUCAACUACAACCACGACCUGCUAACGAAGAACUUGAACGCGGACCGGACCAAUCCGAUUGUGUACAACGAAUCCCUCAAAGAGGAGCAUGUCUACGACGAGAUCAAGCACAAGGAGGGCUACAAGGAUCCCGGUAUGUCAUUAGACUUUUACACAGGCAGGCUUAGUAACUUCACAAUUAACUAUGUACUCUACAUUUGCACACAUUACGGCAUGAAUCAGUGAAAAUAUAUAGCAAGAUUUUGUUUCCCGAGGGUAAGCCAGUGUUAAAGAACCAUUCCGUGUAGUGCUCUGUUCGUCCUCACACAUGUCCAAUGUUUUUAUGACCAAUUUAAGAUAACAACGAUCUAAUUGUCUGAAUUCUAUACGCUAGAUGAAUACGAUCACCUGGACUACUCACGACCCAGCACCUCGCAGAAGCCGCACUACCACCGCAUGAACGACGCCAUGCUCAACAUCAACCAGGACGAGGAGAAGCCCAGCAACGUGAAGAACAUGACUGUGCUGCUGAACAAACCGCUGCCGCCCACGGAACCGGAGCCACAACACGAGUGCUUCGACAACACGAACACCAACCUGGACAACGUGUCGACGGCGUCGCCUAGUUCCAGUCCGAAAUUUCUAAAGUAGGCAGCCGGAACAGUCACUUCACCCGGUGGUUAGAUCUUAAGCCAUGAUAUUUUAAUUUGUCUAUGUAUGUAGGGUAAGAAUUGCCCAACUGGUACGUAAGUUUAAGUUGUUUCCUAGAACUUCAGUUCAUGCUGUUAUGUAUUUCUGUGUAGCGUAGCAUUUGUCUUGCAUUCGAUAUGUAAUUGUAGUUUUCUUGUAGUUCUUGCUCAACAAAGCCAUGUCAGCUCAACCAAUUGUAAAUUAUUAUUUAGGGGCCCUUUACAACCCAGCAACGGUCCUCACUUUUGUAAAUGUCUCCUUCAUUCGACCCAAAUUGUGCUAACAUUUAUGCUCAUAUAGGCGACUAACUCCCUAAGUGAAAUCAUAUUAAAUUAAGUACCUACAACACCUCUUCCUGGUAAAAUUGCAGAGUGCCUGUGAGACAAACUCGGAUCGGAGGUUGCAAUAAUUUUAAAUCGAACCCAUGCAUAUACAGAUUGAAAUCAAUAGCUUAAGUAUAUGGUAUUUAUAUUUUUAAUAAGAAACUUAUUUUUAGAGUGCAUAAACAAUACAUUUAUAGAGAUCAUUAAAAAAAAAUAAAAAAUUAGUUCAAAUAUUGGAACGUUAACCCAUUUAUAACUACCCUGAAAAUCGUUAUGUUAUCUUCAUAUACACAUAUCAAUUCUGAGUGAAACGUGUAUAAUAAAAUGAAUAAUACAAAUAUGU